UGAUAUGAAGCCGCGGGGUGCUUGUGGACAGACUGCAGUAAUAAACAUAUCCUGCCUGUUCAACUCCGCCUUCUUUGGGUGACUCAGCACUCCAGGAAACAGGAACUGCAAAUAGAAGAAUCAUCUUGGCUGUUGAAUGUUGGAAAGUGAGCAGAAUGGCCGGCAGGCUGUCGCUCCCUGAGCUGGAUCUCUCCUGUUCCAUAUGCUGCGACAUCUUCAGAGACCCUGUGGUCCUGAAGUGCAGCCACAGCUUCUGUGCUGGCUGCCUGCAGCGCUACUGGGCUCAGCGCGGACGCAACCGCGACUGCCCGCUGUGCCGGAGCCGCUGUGUGGACGAGCCCGUCACCAGCCUCUCCUUGAGGAACCUGUGCCAGUUUUACCUGGAGGAGGGGGGCGAGGACCUGGGGGCCACCGGGGGAGAGGGAGAAGAGCUGCGCUGUGAGCCGGGGGAGGCCUGCUCCCUUCACGAGGAGAGGCUGAAGCUGUUCUGCCAGGUGGACCAGGAGCCCAUCUGUGUGGUUUGUCACACCUCCAGGAAGCACAAAGGCCACAGCUGCUGCCCCGUCAGCGAGGCCGCCGCAGGACUGAAGGAGAAGAUGAGGUCUGCCCUCAGCUCUUUGCAGGAGAAGAAGGAAUCUUUUGACAAAAUGAAGAAAAACUACGAGAAUGCUGCCGCAGAAAUUCAGGCGCAGGCACGACUGGUGGAAAGGAGAACCCGCGAGGAGUUUGAAAGACUCCACAGCUUCCUUCAGGCAGAGGAAGCGGCCAGAAUGGAGGCGCUGAGGGAGGAGGAGGAGCAGAAGAGCCGAGCGAUGAUGCAGAAGAUCGAAGAGAUAAACAGAAAUAUCGCCCGUGUGUCUGAAUCCAUCAGAACCGCGGAGGAGGAGAUGAAUUCCGAUGACAUUUUCCUGCUGCACAAAUGCAAGCAUGUCCUCUCGAGCAUCAGCUGUCCAGUCGAGGAUCCAGUUAUGGAUCCAGGAGCGCUUGUUGAUGUGGCCAAACACCUCGGAUCUCUCAGCUUCCACGUUUGGGAGAAGAUGCAUGACAUUGUCAAAUACACUCCGGUGACCCUGGACCCGAACACCGCCGCCCCGUGGCUCCGCCUGUCAGAUGACCUCACCAGCGUCAGCGACAACGACGACAAACAGAAGCUGCCGGACGUUCCCGAGCGGUUUGACCCUGAUACCGCCGUGCUGGGCCACCAGGGCUACACCUCAGGAAGACACGCCUGGGAGGUGGAUGUCGGCGAGAACACGGCGUGGGUUGUCGGCGUGGCUAAAGAGUCGGUCCAGAGGAAAGAAAAGCUGCCGUCUGUGCUGAAGAAUGGCUACCUGACUGUGUACUUUUACCACAAAAUGUACUUUGCAGGUACUUCUCCUUUGACCAGGCUUAACUUGAAGAAGAACCUGCAGAGAGUCCGCGUGCAGCUGGACUGUGAAAAGGGCCGGGUGUGUUUCUGGGACGCGCAGGAUAACGCCCACAUCUACACCUACAAACACGCCAUCGCUGAGAAAGUCUUUCCUUAUUUUGUGGGUUGUAAACAAAGUCCUUUGAAGAUCGAACCGCUGGAGGUUUCCGUCAGAGCUGUCGAGCAUCAAUGAGAAUACAUUCAUGGUUUGUCCUGCUUCAGAGCUUUUUAAUUUUCACAUCUCUGCAACCUUUCUGCUCCUUCCUCAGUCAAUAACACGGAUAUAUGUUAAAAAAAAAAAAAAAAAAUUAUAACUGCACAGAAUGAGUUGACUUUGUGGCUGAAGGCAAAUUAAAGGAUUUACGUUUGAAUAUUUGCAAGUCAAAUGAAAACUGUAAUUUGCAAACUGCAUGCAAAAUGUGCAUUAUUUACCAGUCAGUGAUUCUUGUUGUAUUAUGUAAACACUAAAUAUACUUUAUGU